UUAUUUAAAGGCUUUGACAAAAGCUGUGUGUGCAUUUUUUUAGGUUGGCUUAGAGCAAUUAAACCCACACAUUGUGAACACCUAACUGGAGGAAUCUAAUUACAACCUACCAAGCCAAACCCAGCCCAUCCUACACAGUCUGGAGUCUGGACCUCACAUUGCCUUCCACGAAAGAGUUCCUCAGAAGCUCCAGGACAACAUCAGCAGCAGCCUCGUCUUACCGUAGGAGACAGGAGCCUCACAGAGAGCUCCGCACACAGUUCCCAAGCUGUCUCUUCGGUUGCUUCCCGCGAUUAUUAUGGACAAUGACGAGGACGAUGAUGGGAACUUCACAAAGUGGAUGAGCAGUUACUGGGGGCAUGGGGUAGGGGAGGAGCAUGCCAAAGAUAGGAAGAGGAGUUUUAGGAGGCCCUCGCGCAACAAAGCUGAUCGCCGUUCCUCUUUGCCCUGCAUGUCUCAGCUGGAAGCCAUGCAGGCGAAUCAUCUCCAUGCUAACAGCAUGGCCCAUGUCCCUGUCCACCUAAAGGGCCAUGAGGAGAAGGAAGUGCACUCUCAUCCUCGUGCCCGCCGUGUGUCUUCGGACGAAAACAGCCUAACCAAAGUGGGGGGACCUGAAUGUCACAUCAGUACAAUUCCAGAGCUCACUAAGUGCUUAGAGAAAAGGCUGCGUUUCAAUAACCAGAAGGUGAUAUCAAUAGGUGAUGCAGAUAGCAUAUGUAUUAUUUGCCAAGAAGAACUACUGAAUGGAAGGGGUGGCAUCCAAGAACUUCACUGUGGCCAUCAUUUUCAUAAAGAGUGCAUUGAGAAAUGGCUUUGGCAGAAAGAGUCAUGUCCCACCUGUCGAGUUCAUGUGACCAUGCCUGAAAAGCCCCUCUACUGGUCCUCUACUUGUGUCCAGUUUCCCUGACAAUGUCCAUUUUCAAUCACUGCAUGAUCAUUUCCAUGUCUUUUAGCCUGUGACCACUGAUUUAAUGUGUUUAUAUGUAAAUAAAAACAACAACAAAACAGCAUGAUUAUAUGGUAUUUUGCUUGCACACACUUCCUAGGUAAAGACCGUUAUGGAUAUGCAUAUUUAUAUGAAUCUGAAAAGCUUCGGCUUAAUUUGUUCCUGACCCUCCUUUUCCAUCUUUCUUGCUUAUUUUCCUCUGUGGAGUGAUGAGGACAGGAUGUCUGGUUAGGCUGAAAACCAUGCAUGCUAAGUGUCUGACUACAGAGCCUUUUUGUUUUCUCUUUGUCCAUCUCUCUGCUUUUAUGUAUUGCACAAUGCACAUCUGAAUUACCUAUUAACAUACACAUGCCAAAUUCAAAGGCGGAGAAUUUUAGACUCUGUCCAAGGUGUGAUGUUUCAGAAAUGUAAAUAUACGUUUCAAAGAUGUACAAUAAGUUGUUUGUACUAAAACCAUACUUUUAAUUUAAUAUCAGCAGAUUAAGAAAUACCUACAUUGCUGUAAAGUUUUUAUGUAGUUUAUGUAGUUGUUUUUACAAAAUGCAUUGAAUUCAUAGGUUUGGUACCAGGAUGUUGUUUAGUUUAAUGCAUUCAGUUUCUGUGAAACUACUACGUAAUAUGAGAGUGCCACGUUAUAAAGUGUAAA